AUAAAUAGUGGGUUUGGCAAACAUGAUGAUUUUUCUUUGGAUUGUUUUCACUUUUGUUUUAUUAGUUUUGACUUUUAAGUAUUAUUUUGGAACGACAAGAUGGUGUAAAAGUACAGUAAAGUUAAAUGGGAAAACGGUUUUAAUAACAGGUGGUAAUUUAGGUAUAGGCAAAGCUACUGCCAUUGAUUUAGCGAACCGAGGAGCAAGAGUGAUCAUAGCCAGCAGGAAUAAGGAAAAGGCAAUCCAAACAAUUAAAGAGAUAUACGACAAAACCGGAAAUGAUAAUGUACGUUUUAUGUACUUAGAUCUAAUGGAUUUGGAGGUUGUCAGACAAUGUGUAGAACAAUUCUUAAAGGAAGAAAAACGACUUGACAUCCUCAUUAAUAAUUCAGGUAUUGCCGGAUGGGCCUAUAAAACAAUAGGUCUGAAGACGAAGCAGAAUUAUGAUUUGAUUUUUGGGGUAAAUCAUCUAGGACAUUUCCUGUUGACCUAUCUUUUACUUGACCUUUUGAAAAAGACCCCAGAUUCUCGUGUAAUAAAUGUCAGCUCACUUCGCCAUUUAUGGAGGAGAUCCCCGCUUAGAUAUGACAGAGGGCCAAAUAAGGAUGGUAUACUUUAUCCGGACCUGGCAGGUUACGACACAAGUAAAUUGGCCAAUGUUAUGCAUUCAAAGAUGUUAUCGAACAUCCUCCAAGGUUCUCCUGGAUGUUCAUGUCCUGUAAUGGUAAACUCCGUUCAUCCAGGUUUGGCUGCAACAGAUAUUUUAAUGGCACCUUUAAAAUCAGUCUUACCAGAUACGUUGUAUUCGAUUGUUGAUCCCUUCUUCAGAUUUAUAAGUUUAGAUAGUACAGGUGGUGCACAGACAACAAUUUUUGCAGCAGUUGACGAAUCUUUAAACUCUGUGACAGGAAAGCAUUUCGGUCAUUGUAGACUUGCCUGGGAAAACAAACUAGCACAGGAUGAUGAAGCAUGUCAACAAUUAUGGGACUAUUCUAUGAAGAUGUGUGGUCUUACUUGAUUUUAAUUGGAUAUGUGCAUCUGUUUUUUUCUGUUAAUUGAUUGAAGUACAAAGACGAAUUAAAAUACAUUUUUGGCAAAUAUAUAGCAAAGUUCAAACAUUUUUGUAUAUUCCAAAUUUAUCCAAAUUAAAAUGACACUUUGUUUAAUGUUUGUUUUUUUAAUGUGUAGUUCAAAUUGUGCUACUUUGAAGAAAAAUAUAAAAAACAUAGGCUUAUUCUCCUGUUUAUCAAACUUAAAGCUUUCCCAAUUAUAUUUUGUACCUAUUAUGUCUGUUUUAUGUGGUCAAUGCAACAUCGUUGUUAAUAUAACGGAGUGCAAUGUGAUUAUCAUAGGAGUCAAAGUUUUGACUAGCUGUAAAACCAGGCUGAAGGUGGUAUGGGAGUCUGAAUUAAAAUGAUAGAAUUUGUUCAUACUUUGCCAAAACGUAGUAUCUGUUGAUAAAUGUUGAAAUAUAUAAUAAAAUGAUAGGUCACCGCGCAUUUUCUCAAGCUACAGGUCGCAACAAAAUUACACAUUUUGUAGGGAUUAUACAGGGAAACAACACCAUUUUGUGGUUAGAAACUAAAAAAAAUGAUAGAAUUGUUAAAUACUUAUGGAAAAGAUAGCUUUCAGACAAUGCUUUGCGAAUUUCAAAAGAAAAGAUAGGAUCACAGUGAGUAUUUUUCGCUAGAAUAGAAAAUAAGAAAAUUCCAUGUAGAAUCCUUCAGAAAAUGCACUAUUUUAGAGUUACCUCCCCUUAAAAUUGCAAUUUAAAAAAUAAAUAAAAAACAAACAAAAAUAAUCAACAUGUGCAAAAGUAUUAAUAUUUAUAAGUUAUAUUCUUAUUAAUUGGUUCUUUUAAAUGAAAAUUCAUAUCAAAUAUCUGCAUUCCUGUAUCAAAUUUGCUAACUUGAUAGAAAAUGUGGACAUUUGGUUCACUGUUUUUCACAAUCCAAGAUGGAGUAAGACACCCCUACCACCUUAAACCUCCAUUUGGUGCAUUAGGAAAUGCCAUAAUCGGCAUUGCAUCAAACU